CUUCAAUUCAGUAGCUUUUCAGAUUCCAUUAAAGAUAGACUGAGCUCCUAGAGAUUCAAAUGGAUUAUUUAUUUAAAUUAUUUUGUGUAAUUGCAAUUGCAAGUUUGUCAGCUGCACAAGAUGAAUACUUUGAUACAGUUUUACAAGACACAACGCAAGACACUGUAGAUGAUGAAACAACAAUUACUCCCAUCGAAAGCUUUAAAAUUGAAAGGGAGAAGCAUAUAGAUUCAACAUUGGAACUAGAACCAGCAGAGGUUGAAAACGUCAAAUCAGCUGGAUUUUACAGCUUUAUUCAGUAUGUUCUAUACAAAGAUGACUCAUAUAGAAAAUAUCCAAGAAGAAUCGACUGCAUCAUAGAAACAUUAAAGAAGACUAAUGCUAUAAAUGAAGUCAGCACUGACGAAAUGAAUGUUAAGUUUAUGAUUUUGGAGACAACAAACUCAAGCGUGACUGUGGCUUUUAAGGAUGAUGAUGGAUUUAAGCAAGAUAUUGGCUCAAACAUUGAGAGUGCAAACUACGGCUGUUUGGUUCCUGGAUUAGUUUCUGUCAUCAUUUUAGCAUCCAUAUUAUUGGCUUUAAUAAGCCUUGUUAUUUGCACCAAUAGAAACAAUCCACUUCCAUCGGAAGCAUAGCUGUAAAGCUUUUAAUGUGAUCUUUAAAAUUUAGUAAAAGUGAUGCACAGUGAAACUUAAUUAGAACUUGAAAUGACUUUAUGCGGCAACAAUUGCCAUGACUUUAAAUUUUUUAUUUACAAAGACUGGAAGAUUAAUUUUCAUAUUGACUUAAUAGUGUUAACACUAGGUUACAACGUGCUGAAUGUGA